UUAUUUUCAAAAGCAAAACAGCAUAAUACAAAGGUUCGAAAGAAUUAAGAAUCCAGAGAAUCGCUUUUGUUAUUAUAUUUAUUUUAAGUAAAAAGAUGGAAAUACUCUCUUAUAAGAUCUAUUCUCGUUGACGCUACUCUCUCCAUCUCGCGUUGCUGCAAAGCAUUCUUCGUUUCUCUCUCUCUCUUUCUCUCUCUCAGCGAUUUCUGCAUACACGAACGUUUCAUCUCCGACGGGAUCCACAAGCUGAAGGAGAAAUGGGACUGACAUUCACGAAGCUUUUCAGUCGGCUUUUCGCCAAGAAGGAAAUGCGAAUUCUGAUGGUUGGUCUUGAUGCUGCUGGUAAGACCACUAUCCUCUACAAGCUCAAGCUCGGAGAGAUCGUUACGACAAUUCCUACCAUUGGGUUCAAUGUUGAGACUGUAGAAUACAAGAACAUUAGCUUCACUGUUUGGGAUGUUGGUGGCCAGGACAAGAUUCGUCCCUUGUGGAGGCACUAUUUCCAGAACACUCAGGGUCUUAUUUUUGUUGUAGACAGCAAUGAUAGGGACAGAGUUGUUGAGGCCAGAGAUGAGUUGCAUAGGAUGUUGAAUGAGGAUGAACUGAGAGAAGCAGUAUUGCUUGUGUUUGCCAACAAACAAGAUCUUCCUAAUGCAAUGAAUGCUGCUGAGAUUACCGACAAGUUGGGUCUCCACUCUCUCAGACAGCGCCACUGGUACAUUCAGAGCACCUGCGCAACCUCUGGAGAGGGCCUUUAUGAAGGUCUGGACUGGCUUUCCAACAACAUCGCCAAUAAGGCUUAAUGCCUUUGGGAGUCUUGCGGAUUGGUAUUCUGGAUGCAGGGGUGAACAUUAUCUAGCUUUUGUUUCUUGGUCCUCUUCCGAGACAACUCAAAUAUGUGUUCAUGUAAUGUGGUUUAGGACAUCUCGUGCUAAAUGUAGUAGGAAUUUGUUUCUUGGGAUGUGUAAUACUCUGAGCUUUCUGUUGGGUUUGGAUGAAAUGUCCAUAACUGUAAUGGAGAUACUAAUUCAAUGCGCCACCAGGUUCUGAUUUAUAGUUUUAUUUUGGUUAUGUAUCUUUCAUAUAUUGAGUAUGAAAUGGGGAUUUUUGUUUAUUUUUUUGUAA